UUGCUGCGUUAUUGCGAUACAUCCAUUGUGUUCCUCUAGAGGGCGCUGCGGGUUAAGAACAUUUAAAUGAGGGCGAGAGCGUGCACUCACGAAGUCUUGUGGGCGGGGCUCGAUUGUGGUCACGUGAUCCUAGUUGGCGCCUGUGAUUAGUAACUAGAGUUCUCGCACUGGUGCUAGUGGGUUUGUUACACAAAAACAUCAUGUUUUUUCUCACUUAUAAGUACGAAUAUUGAGCGAAGCUUUUAUGAGUGUAUAUUUAUUAUAUUUCCAUAUAGAUUUACACCGCACAACAAGUCUUAUGGACAGUUUUAGCAUCGAGUCCUUUGGUGGCGCUUCCGGUGAGUACUUCUCGCCCCCUGUUGGUCGUUAUGUUAAACUGCACGCAAUAGAACUGAAUACAGAGUGGGAGGGCUGGCCGUUGAGUCGCUCACUGUGGCAGUGAAAGUAGGGUGGGCAGGCUGGCUGUUAAAGAACGUGCCUUGCGCCUCAGGACCCCUCCUCUCUUCGCUACGGCGCUUUUCGCCCGUUGUUCGCGAAACGUGAGGCCCUUUGGAAGAACUCCGGUCCAUCUUACCUUCCCUUUCCCGGUGAUACGAUUUAAAGGAAGACCCUGUCUAAUAUCAAACACAUUGGAUUAGUAUUAUACUAUUAUUUUUUAAUUGACCGACGUUAUAUUAACGGCUCCGGCCAUGGCAGCCAGCGCGAAGCGAAAGCAGGAGGAAAAACACCUGAAGAUGCUGCGGGAAAUGACGAGUUUGGCGCCCAACCGAAAGUGCUUCGAUUGCGAUCAGCGCGGCCCGACCUACGCCAACAUGACCGUGGGCUCGUUCGUCUGCACGUCUUGCUCAGGCAUCCUACGAGGCCUGAAUCCCCCCCACAGAGUGAAGUCCAUCUCCAUGACAACCUUCACGCUACAGGAAAUAGAAUUUCUACAGAAGCAUGGAAAUGAGGUAUGUAAACCGAUAUGGCUCGGACUUUAUGAUGACAGAAACUUGGCCGUCCCAGACUUUAGAGAACCUCAGAAAGUCAAAGAGUUUCUUCAGGACAAAUACGAAAAGAAGCGAUGGUAUGUUCCUCCAGAGCAGGCUAAGACGGUGACGUCGGUUCAUGCGUCUGUCUCUGGUUCAUCUGCUAGCAGCACCAGCAGCACUCCAGAGGUCCGACCUCUCAAAACAUUACUGGGGGAAUCAGUACCCACUUUACACCUCAACAAAAACACACCUAGCCAGUCUCCGGUUGUGUCACGCACUCAGCUGACCCAUCAGCAGCAUCAGGACAGGAAGUUCGAUCUGCUCAGCGAUCUAGGUGGCGACAUUUUUGCGGCUCCGCACUCGCAGUCCACAGGCAAGGCAAACUUUGCCAACUUUGCACAUUUCAACAGUCAUUCAGCAGUGCAGAAUGUGAAUUCUAAUGCAGAGUUUGCGAAUUUUGAUGCGUUCAAUAGUUCUGCUGCUCCAAACACAGCAACAUUUCCAUCAGCUCCACAAGCCCCAUUUCAGCCUGCUCAACCAGUAUACAGCAGUCUCCCAUUUAGUCACAGUGUGGGCGAGUUUACCUCAUCGCUGCCUCCACUGGCCAUGCACAGUAGCUCAUCAGGACUAGCUAAUGCCAACUUUGCAAACUUCGAUAACUUCCCCAAAUCGUGCAGUGCUGAUUUCGCCUCAUUUAGCUCCACCCAGAGUAACUCCGUGGGAGAGGGGCAUAAAGUGGAAGCAUUCAGCGUCCCUGCAGACCGAUACGCAGCCCUCGCCACCCUCGACAACGUGUUCGGCAGCAAACCUGAGCAAGGCACAAGUUCAGCCCCUCCAUCAGCAGGUGUGGGUCCACAGGCGGCUCUGUUGUUCGGCAAUCGCUACGCUGCUCUUGCUGAACUGGACAACGUCUUUAGUUCCUCCGCACCAAACGUGAGCGGCUACAACACUGCCACCACAGCACAAGGGUCUGUGUUUGGAUCCUCUACGGGUGUUCCUCCAGUUCAAGCGCAACAGGGUUUACCCAGCAUGCCUCAGGGUUUUGGAGGGCCUUCGACGAAUCCAUUCGUCGCUCCUGGGGCCCCACAGGCCGCUCCCACUAAUCCGUUCCAGACCAAUGGAAGAGCAGCAGUACCAGGAGUGGGUGUGGUCACAGCGGACAUGUUAGGACCCCUGCAGGGUCAGGCUUACCCUGCGGCCCACUUCGCCUCUUUCGGCCCACCGUCCAUGAGCAUGCCGACUGGGUUUGGGAAUGCUGCUGCAUACAACCUUCCCACCAGCUUCAGUGGAAACUUCCAGCAAGCAUUUCCUGGACAGCCGUUCGCCCAGCAGCACCCGUAUCCCCAACAACCCAACGGAGGUUUUGCUGCAUUUGGUCAGGCUAAAGUCACUCCGUUUGGACAGAACAUGACUGCGCCUGGAGUAACCAACAAUCCCUUCCUGGCAGGGGCACCAGCAGCACAGUUUCCUGCAGGAGGCUCAUCCUCAAACCCCUUCUUAUAGCGCGCCUUUGUCCUCUGCUCCUCCGGUGGGCGACCUGCGACUCGUUCGCACCUCUUGCACUGUUUUGUUUCUCAAGUAGCUUUAAAAAAAAUAUAUAUAUCAAUUUCCUAAAGAAAUUUUUUAUUGAAUUUUAAGAGCAGAAGACUGAAAAAAAACAGCAAAGGAAUAGAUACAUGAUCCUGUCUAUGGCACAUCCAUAGUAACAGAAACCAAAACAUGUUGCAGGGUUGUAUGAAGAAAAGGAGCUUUUUUUUUUAUUUUUUAACCAUGCUCCUUUUGUCAUUCCCGUGAACUGGCCUGACCUGGAAAUCAUCUGCACGACUUGGUGGAUUACUAAAUUAUUGCAAACCUCCCGUUCAUGUUAAUGCUGCAAUUCUGUACAUAAUUCUUUCAUAGAAAUUGCUCAUUUUUAGGUCUUUGUGCAUAUCAGUAUUUGUAUCUUUAACACACAUACAUGCGUACACGCACACACACACACUGCAUAUACAGCGCUGACGUCCGCCAUGCUGUGAAUAACAUUACGCAAGAAUGUGGAAUCUCUUUUUGACAUCAUACUGUCGUCUUUUAGUGCUUUUGGAGUUUCUGAGAAUAAGGCAAAAACAUUGUUUUUCCGUUAUGAGGAGUUAAAACUACAAGACUCUUUUAGAAUGUCAACUCCUGAACUCGUGAGACUCUGACUCAAGACCACUUAUGUUACAGAAAUCUAUUAAUAUAAAUAUAUAUACAAUAUAUAUAACAAUGAAUUUUACCUAAAUCAUGUGUGAUG